CGGAAAACUUAAGUGAGUUGUGUGUGAUUUGUGCACGGUGUACCAUUGCGUCUCUCUCUGAGGGCUUACGCUUUAACGUUUAAUUCAAUGACAUUGACAUUUUCUUUUAGCGUACUGUACUAGUGAACCAGAGGCAGAGGGAAGCCCUGAAGUUGACGAGUAACUUACCGUUAUCCACGUAAAGAUUGGCUACGGAACUCUUUUUGGCGAAGCUAAGUAGCUAACCUAACUAACCGAAGAUGGAGGCAGCUCACGCGGAGGACGCGUCCGGGACAGAGCAAGGCGGACGACCGGGGGAGGCAGAGUUCCCGCGGAGCUCCGUGGAUGACAGUCCAGCGCAAAAGCGGGUCACCAAGAGGAAGCAUGACGAGGAAGAUGAGGAGGGUUCCCCCACCAAGAAGCAGAUGAGGUCUGAGCAGGUCACCAAGAGGAGCCACGGAGAGGACGACGAGGAGGGGUCUCCCACCAAGAAGCAGGAAGUGGGUGAGCAGCACAGUAUCAAGGUAGCGAGCCACUACAAUGCUCUGAAGGAGACGGGGCUGGGGGCCAGGAGCCAGAGCAGGAUCUUCUUCAUGCGCAACUUCAACAACUGGCUGAAGAGCGUCCUCAUUGGUGAGAUCAUGGACAAGGUGCGUCCGAACAGGAGGCAGGUGUCUGUGCUGGACCUGGGCUGUGGCAAGGGAGGAGACCUGCUCAAGUGGAGGAAGGGCCACAUCAAUCACCUGGUCUGUGCAGACAUAGCAGAGGUGUCGGUGGACCAGUGUCGGAGUCGCUAUGACGACAUGAAGAAGAGGGGCAACCCCCACGACCGCAUCUUCUCUGCUGAGUUCAUAGCAGCAGACUGUACCAAGGAGCUGCUGUCAGACAAGCUGCAGGACCCAGACAUGAGCUUCGACGUGUGCAGCUGUCAGUUUGUGUACCACUACUCGUUUGAGACGCAGCAGCAGGCGGACAUGAUGCUGAGGAACGCCUGCGAGAGGCUCCGGCCCGGCGGCUUCUUCAUCGGCACAACGCCCGACGCAUACGAGCUGGUGAAGCGUGUGGAGGCAUCCUCCUCCUGCUCGUUUGGUAACGAGGUGUUCAGCGUUACGUUCCAGAACAAGGGAGACUACCCGCUGUUCGGCUGCAAGUACGACUUCAACCUGGAGGGCGUGGUCAACGUCCCCGAGUUCCUGGUCUACUUCCCCCUGCUCCAGGAGAUGGCGAAGCGGUACAACAUGCGUCUGGUGUACAAGAAGACCUUCUCCCAGUUCUUCCAGAAGCACAUCAGCGAUGAGCAGCACCGCAGCCUCAUGCAGCGCAUGCAGGCCCUGGAGCCGUACCCAGCAGACAGCAGGACCAAGGCCUCGUGUCCAGACAGCCCUGAGCAGUACGAACACGCCAGGAGUCACUCUGAAACCCCGGGAGCUCGCAUGCCCCUGGGGACGCUGAGCAAGUCGGAGUGGGAGGCUACAAGUAUAUACAUGGUGUUUGUGUUUGAGAAGAUGGAGCAGUCCUGAUGUUUCACCACAGCAUCCCGCGCUGUAGAAUGACCUCUGGACUCCAGAUUCCCUCCAGUCUUCUGUGUGUGUGGGGUAGGGUGUUCGUGCAUGUUUGCGGGCGGGGGGAAUGAGUG